AUGCCCACCAGGCGAACACACACGAAGUCUCGCCUGGGUUGCAGCCAGUGUAGAAAAAGACGCGUCAAAUGCGAUGAGCUGCUCCCGCAAUGCUCCUCGUGCGUUCUGCGCGGCGAGAGCUGCGUCUACCUGAGAUUCCCAACCAAAUCAACCCCUGUUGCAACCUCCAAAGCAGCUGCACUCCACGCCAGUCCCACGUCAACAUCAGAGGCAGAGACUGGCAACGACUCCCCAGCUCCUAUCAACAUGUAUCAGGACAGUCCAGAUGAAGAGUCUUGGAACCCAAAUAGAGUGCGCGAGCUGGAGCUGCUCCAUCACUGGUGCAUGAAAACAUCCAACAGUUUUACUCCAGAGUUGGUGGGCUUACUCCAGGACUAUCUCGUCAAGGAGGCUUUGAACAAUACACACCUUAUGGAGGCUCUUUUAGCACUGGCGUCAUUUCACAUCGCCUGCGAAACAAAUGAUUCAGCUGUGUCUCGCGACUUUACAGGCACAGGCAUGAGUUACCAGACCAGGGCCAUAGCAGGCUUACGUGCUGUCCUCGGCUCUGUCUCACCUGAGAACUGCGAUCCAAUCUUUGCAUCAUCUGUACUCAUCAUGGUAUGCGUCAUGGUGUCCCCCUUCUUGCCUGUUGGUCACAGCCGGACUUUCAACUUCGUCGCCGAAGCAAUUCUUCCACUCGCCGACAUUUUACGCGGACUUGGCCUUGUCAUCGAAACAUCUCAACGCAGAGUGCAACAAGGUCGUCUCAGUGGCAUGUUCAACGUUACCUGGCCGAGUCUACCAUAUUCAGCGGUGUCAUCCACGAUAGAAAACCUACGCAAACUGAAUGCGAGCGUUUCUGACUCCUCCACUACAUGCGUGUUUGAGCAUGCCAUCCAAGCUCUUGAGCAGAGGAUCUUAGACAACAGUGCUGUAUUUCCGUGGAUAGCACUGACAGGGUUGGAAUACAUCGAACACCUCAAGAUGCAGAAUGGCGUUGCACUGGCUAUUUUCAUGGUCUGGGGUGCUCUGAUGAGCAUGGCAGACAACAUGUGGUGGGGGAGGUUUUCAGGGAAGAACUUGGUAAACGAAACGUCCAUCAUACUAAGUUCAAAGGGCGAGAGGUACGCAUGUGUCGUAACAUGGUGCCGGCGAGAAGUCGGAUUAAGCGAAACUUCUUGA